ACACAUGAGCUUGUAAAUAGUCUGCUGAGCGUCAGCGCUGAGAGCCUGUUUCGGGCCAAGCUUCGAGCAUCCCAGCUCUUCGGCCUUCCUCUAGCCGACAUUGAUGAUCUGGUUCGUACUAGCGUGUUCAAACAAUUAACAACUGAUGAGCAAGGCAUGACGUCAGCGCCGACUUCAGAGCCAAGAAGGAUAAACGGCGGUCCCCCUGAUGAGUCGAAGCUUCAAAUCCAAACUUCCAAAGAAAGUCAGCUUGGUGGGCGCAUCUCUGGUUGUUAA